UGUCUCCUCGGGUCCCGUCGGUGCGGCUAUGGCCGUCUUUGUCAGCUAAUCUGGUCCAUUUCCACUUAAAAAAAAACACGAUUUAUUGUGUUCCGAAGCUCCUCUCGCUGCAUCUGCAUCCGCGCGCUGUUUCGGAGUCAGUGAAACCGCGACGGGAUCCGGGCGGAGGCGGGUUUAUUGGAGUUAAGCCGAGGUUAGCCUGUUAGCCUGUUAGCUGCGGAGAAGAUGUCGAUGCACGGGAAGAGAAAAGAGAUUUACAAGUACGAGGCGCCAUGGACCGUCUACGCCAUGAACUGGAGCGUGAGGCCGGACAAGCGCUUCAGGCUGGCGCUGGGCAGCUUCGUGGAGGAGUACAACAACAAGGUGCAGUUGGUGGGUCUGGAGGAGGAGAGCUCGGAGUUCGUUUGCAGAAACACCUUUGACCAUCCGUACCCCACCACCAAAAUCAUGUGGAUCCCCGACACCAAGGGCGUUUACCCCGACCUCCUGGCCACCAGCGGAGACUACCUGCGCAUCUGGAGGGUCAGUGACACAGAGACGAGGCUCGAGUGUUUGCUCAACAACAACAAAAACUCAGACUUCUGCGCCCCCCUCACCUCCUUCGACUGGAACGAAGUGGACCCCAACCUGCUCGGGACCUCCAGCAUCGACACCACCUGCACCAUCUGGGGCCUGGAGACGGGACAGGUCCUGGGCCGAGUCAACCUGGUCUCUGGACACGUGAAGACGCAGCUCAUCGCCCACGACAAAGAGGUGUAUGACAUCGCGUUCAGUCGGGCUGGAGGAGGCAGGGACAUGUUCGCGUCCGUGGGGGCAGACGGCUCCGUCAGGAUGUUUGACCUGAGGCACCUGGAGCACAGCACCAUCAUCUACGAAGACCCGCAGCACCACCCCCUGCUGAGACUCUGCUGGAACAAACAGGACCCCAACUACCUGGCGACCAUGGCCAUGGACGGCAUGGAGGUGGUGAUCCUGGACGUGCGUGUGCCCUGUACUCCCGUCGCUCGCCUCAAUAACCACCGCGCCUGUGUGAACGGCAUCGCCUGGGCCCCUCACUCCUCCUGCCACAUCUGCACCGCCGCGGACGAUCACCAGGCCCUGAUCUGGGACAUUCAGCAGAUGCCCCGAGCCAUCGAGGACCCCAUCCUGGCCUACACCGCCGAGGGGGAGAUCAACAACGUGCAGUGGGCGUCCACGCAGCCCGACUGGAUCGCCAUCUGCUACAACAACUGCCUGGAGAUCCUGCGGGUGUGAGGGGCACUCCCGCCGCUCUGAGGGCCACACGGGAGGGGAGGGGGGGGACGGGGAGCAGGACUCAGGUGGUGCGGGGCUCUACGGACCGUCAGAAGAGGCUACAGAAGUCUGGACCAGUUUACAUUAGAUACAGAUACUUUGACUUGGUGUAAGCGCUUUUGUUUUCAGAUCUCGAGACGACGUUACCUGCGGCACAUUUCCCCACAGAAACACCUCGGAAAAAGUCAAACAUUUGGAGAAACUGUGGCUCGUGAUCGUCGGAGGUUCCUAUCACUUUCAACCUGGUUCGUUUUAUCGUUUCCUUCAGCUCGGAGCUUUCAUCGUCACCGCCAGAAAAGCGAAAACCGACGAAAUAAAAUCUGAGUUAAAUUUAAACUCUAAAUAACUAAAGGUCCAAUGUUACACCAUUUUCUGGUAAGUUCUAACGUCGUUUCCUCGUCACAAACAGACCUGGAGUUGUGUUUUGUUUCGUUCUCACAUGUUUAACUCACAAACGCUGCACAUUUAGGCGGAGUUCGUCUCUCCACUGUGUUUUUAAACUCCACACACCUUCACUGGAAUCAUAUUUUCAGCCCGGAAAUUUGCCAAGAGGCUCUGUUCACGCUUACGUCAACGUGGAGACCAAACCGGACCAAGUUCCAGUCAGAUUGUCGGUUUUUCUAGGGAUUUUUGAGCUGUAAAACCACUUACAAUUGAAAAAAUGUCAAGUAGAGCUGUUUAAAGUCACACUGUGGGACAUUCGAGGCAGAGCAGCUUAAAGUAAGUACUGUAUUUUUCGGGCUAUAAGUCGCACCAGCCAAAAAAUGCAGAACGAAGAAGAAAAAAAUAACAUAAGUCGCACUUUUUAGGAAGAAAUGUAUUUUAUAAAAUCAGAGACCGGGAGAAGACGUUUCCUGUUUUCGACUCGAACGUCUUGAAUUCUGAAUUUUUUUGUCAUUUUCUCCCAGUUUAGAACAGUUUAUUUAAGUCAAGAUUACAUGACUUUUUAGAGCAGUUUACCUCCAACAAAAUAAAGUUUUAGGGUUGUCAAAGUAUCGAAAAUCAGGAGCCAAUUGAUCCUAAAACUAGAAAAUAAUUCGAGCAGGUUUUCGAUACACAAAAGUCACAUUCACAGGACAGAAAUGAGGCUUUCCUGAAUCGUUUUAGAAUGAAAAAGGGGUGCAACAAUAACGGAAAUAUGAUAUCAUUUCGCUAAAAGUUUCUCAAUAAUAUCGUGGACCAUCAAAAUAUAUCGAAUCACAAGUCUCUGCUUAAAUUAACUGAGGGAACUACAAAAAAAUAAGAUGAAACUGGAAUCAAAAGUUUGUAAAGUCAAGUUGUAGUAAAAACAAUAGAAGAGAGAAGAACAGACUGUUAAUAAACUAUAACAUAAACAACAGAACAGAACAAGUUUAACUAAACUCUCCAUCUCACUCCAAAUCACGAAAUCCAUUCAAUUCUUCAUCCUCGGUGUCACUUCUGCACAACCUCUGGAGAUAAACCGUAGAUCCAUGAGGUAAACAGAGCGCCGCUUCCUCUUCUGUGUCGCUGUCGUCAGACUCGGCGUCAGUUCCAGUUAGAAUUAUUCGGGUCUUUCUGAAUCCCGACAGGAUGGUUUCGGUGUCACUGAAGUCCAGGCUUUGUCCGUCCAUCCAGUGACUUCAGGAAAGUUUCAUGGUGCAUCUUCCCGGCGUCACAAGUUUCUCACUCACUCCAAAUUUUCUUUCUGCUGCUCGAUUUCCGUUCUCGGCUGCAGAUUUCACGACUUGCAGCAGGACAGAGGCUCUUUCUGCAGGAGACAUGCGCAGAAAACUGACACUCGAGCCUAGAGCGCCGUCCUGUAGCUCUGAAAAGUCUGAAAAUUAUAAUAUAUGAGUCGCAGGAAACGCCCAAACCAUGAAAAAAAAGUGCCACUUAUAGUCUGAAAAAUACGGUACAUCAAAACGACUGAACAAGGACUGAAUCUGGACUAAACGAGGACUAAACCAGGAGCCAAUCUCUGCUGAACUAAAGGUAAAAGGAGCUGCUCACUUGAAAACUCCCACUUCAUGACAUCGUAAAGUAGAACAGAGCGUUUGGAGCUUUGGAGAUGUAGACAGACGAAUAAUAAAGAGUUACUCAAACAUGUGAAUGAAACAAAACACAACUCCAGCUCUGGGUUUUUUUUUGUUUUGUUUUUGAGGAGGGAAAAAACGUCAGAACCCGAUUUAAACCUCACAAGAGUCAGUUUUUGCAUCACAUUUAAACAAAUCCAAGUCGAACUCCUCAAAUCUGUGAAACUUCAGACCUCAGUUUUCCGAGGACCUCAGCUCUUCUGCAGUUCAGACGCGUUCAGUUUCUGUUUUAUUUAUUCUGAAAAGCACCAACGUCUUUUUUUUUUUUUUUUUUUUUUUGCAUUUCUUCUUUUGGUCAAGUUUGAAAAAAAAAAAAAAUGUUCUGAAGAAAAAAAAAUCCCCCGUUUCCUCGAAGCGGCGUCGGGACUCCGGACCCGGACGCCAGGAAGUGACUGAGCCUCGACGCGGCGGACCUUCACAAUAAGAGCGCUCUGGUUUGAGGCUUUGGGACGCACCGAGAGAAACUGCAGAGGCUACGAGGGCGGUAGAGCGGGUGUUUAAGUGGAAGGUUUGCGGUUGGAUCUCUGCUUUUAAUCGUACUGUUGUCGUGUCCUCGGGCAAUACACCUCACACCCACUUCGAUGACGUAGAAACGUUGGAGUGACGCUCGCGAUCGCCGCUCGGUCGGGGCAGGUCUAAAUGUUACAACGCCGCGAAAAUUUAACCAUAUUUAAAACGACUUGAAUUCAGAAUUUUUUAGCAUUUUCAGAACGAUUUGAGUCGAGAUUACAUGACUUUUUAGAGCAGUUUAUCUCCAACAAAAUUAAGUUUUAGGGUUGGGAAAGCAUCGAAAAUCAUCCUAAAAUUAUUUAUCGAAAUUAGAAAAUAAUUCGAGCAGGUUUUCGAUGCAAAAAGGUCAAAUUCACAGGACAAAAAUGAGUCUCUGCUGAAUCGUUUUAGAAUGAAAAAGGGAUGUAACAAUAACGGAAAUAUCGUGACAUCGUUUCGCCAAAAGUGUCUAUAACAUCGUGGACCAUUAGAAUAUAUCGAAUUGCGAGUCUCGUUGCUUAAAUUCAUUGAGGGAACUACAAAAAAUUGAGAUUAAAAUAGAAGCAAAAGUUUGUCAGGACAUUUUAUGAGGAAAAAGUUAAAGUGAAUUCACAGUUCUGUAAGACUCCACAAAAUAUUGGAAUAAAUAUCGUACCGUGAGAUGAAUAUCGUAAACCAGGACCAGGACCUCGAUACAAUAUGGUUCAGUAAAACACAGGGAUAUAACUAUAACCAAAAUAUCAUCAUAUCGUAUCGUCAAAGUUCUCACAAUAUCGCGGACAGGAUCUUGAUACAUAGACUAAGGUACGAUACGUAUCUCAAUACAAAUCGAUUUGAUAAGGUUCUGUCAAAAAUAAGGACGUAACAAUAAUCUAAAUAUCGUUCUCACAAUAAUAUCAUGGACCAUCAGAAUAUAUCGAAUCACGAGUUUCUUUGCUUAAAUUCAUUGUUUUGGUGCAGCAACAGCUAAAAAAAACAGAGGGAACUACAUAGACCAUGAUCCUUUGCUGUUUCAGUGCAGACGACAGGAAGAAUUAACUACACUUUUGUUUUAUAAAAGAACAUGAAGUGUGUCAGGACAUUUUAUAAGGAAAUAGGAGAAACUGUUUUGUAAGACUCCACAAAAUACUGUAAUAUCGAACCGUGAGAUGCAUAUCGUGAAAUUAUCGUAUUGUGAGAUUUGAAUAUCUGAACCAGGACUAAACCAGGACUGAACCAAGAUACAUAGACUAAGGUACGAUAGGCAUCUCAAUACAGUAAUUUGAUACGAUAAAUUUCAAAUCGAUUUGAUUUGGUUCCAUAAAACCGUCAAAGUUCUGAUAAUAAUAUCGUGGACCAUUACAGUAUAUCGAAUCACAAAUUUCUUCGCUUAAAUUCAUCGUUUUCGUGCAGCAAGAACUAAAAAAUGGAGAAAACUGUUACCUUUUGUUCUAGAAAAAUUAAGAAAUAAUAAAUUCUUUGGACUGUGACAUUAUUAUAGCGUCAAGUCGAGGUGUUUUAAAAGGAAAAAGCAGCAGUUCUGUUAUCACCUGAUCAACAUCGUCAUAAUAUCGUAUCGCGAAAUGAAAACCAUAAUCGUAUCGAAUCGUGUGAUUCAAGUAUCGUUACAUCCCUAGUCAAAAAUAAAGGUUAAAUCAUGACAGUUUAUACUAAAAAAUCUACGUUAAACCAUUUCCCGAAGCAAAGUGAAUAUGAAUCGUAAAAUAUGCCAAAAAAACUCAAAAUAUCGAUAGGGCAGCUCACGAUAUCGAUACUGUAUCCUGAAAUUAAAACGAUAUAUCGAUGUUUUGACGUUUAUACACACCCCAUAUGAGAAAAUAAAAGAAAAUACUACGAUGUUACGUUUUUAAAAUCACGUCCUGUUGUUUAAAGAAAUGUUUUUAUUAUUUUUUAUCGAGAUUCGGUAUCGAGUAUCAAGCGAAUCGCGCCAGUGCUAUUCUCUUGUAAGAGAAUUGUUAAAAACGUCAAAUAAUCACGAAAAACUGCUCGAUAUUUGUUUUAAAAAAUCUAAAUAAGCAAAAGGAUUCAAGUCGUUUUAUUUGGAGAUGUUUUUUUUUGGUUUUUUUUUUGCGGUGAAUCUUCUUAAACGGCAGCGGUUUUGUAGAAAAAGGUGCCACGUGUUCUGAGCGACUCCUGUACAAAUCCGAUCUUGUUUCUUCAUCGUUUUCAUUGACUGUAAAAAAAACAAAACAAAAGAUUAAAAAAAAAAACGGUGUGUGGAUGUGAGCGCACUGCAGAAAUAAUCCAAGACUUAAAAUGACGAGGAUUUCCAGUUUUUUAUCGUAAACUGUCUAAACUCCGGAUCCGUCUGACGCUUUUCUCCCUGGAGAUGUUCUUGCUUUGUCUGGAAUGUUCCGCAGUAUGGCUUUAAACGUUUCCAUCGUCGCGCAGAACCAAACCGGAGCGAGUUCCAGGUCGGAUCCGUGGAGAGGCGACCCCGCUCACGGUCACGACGUCUGUUUUUCGAGGGGUUUUUGAGCUGUAAAAUUGAAUAAAUAUUAGUAUAAAUGUAAAGUGGAGCUGUUUAAAGUCACACUGCGGAACAUUCCAGGCAGAGAACUGACGUAUCCAUAGAAACGAGCAGGUGACGGAGCCCUGACCGCAAAGUUACACAGUGCAGCUUUAAGGAAGUACAUCGAAAUGACUAAAUUUAGGGACUGAACCAGGACUAAACCAGGACUGAACCAGGACUAAACCAGGUCUAAACAAGGACUGAACCAGGACUAAACAAGGACUGAACCAGGACUAAACAAGCACUGAACCAGGACUAAACCGGGACUAAAUACAAGGACUAAACAAGGACUAAACUAGGACCGAACCAGGACUAAACCAGGUCUAAACCGGGACUAAAUCGGGACUAAACAGGAACUAAACCUGGACUGAACCCAGGACAAAACCAGGAUUAAACGAGGACUGAAGCAGGACUAAAUUAGGUCUAAACUGGGUCUAAGUGAGGACUAAACAAGGACUAAACAAGGGUCUAACCUGGAACUGAACCGGGACUAAACAAGGACUGAAGCAGGACUGAAUUGGGACUAGACUGGGACUAAACUGGGACUAAACCAGAAACGAACCAGGAAUAAAUUAGAAAUAAACCAGAACUAAAUCAGGUUUAAAUCAGGACUCAACGGGGACUCAUCCAGGUCUAAACCAGGUCUAAAUCCAAACGACUCUGAGGUUUUACGGUUGUGGUUUUGUCAUUUUAAGUGGCGUGAGGAUUAUUUUUCGACAGUGCAGUUUGACUUUUCACUGUAAAAAAUGCCAUGUUUUGUACGAUUGCGAGACGGGGCGAGAGCGGUUCGUGUUUUUCUCAAACCUGUGUCUUGUAGCAUGUUUUUACAAGGCUCUGUACAUACAUAUAAAUACAACCAACUACACGGCAAAAAAAAAAACCAAAACAACACCACCGCAGGAGUUAAACGAACUUCACGUCAGAAUUUAAGUCGUUUUGUCUUGAAAAGAUCGAGUUAAACCAACGUAAAGAAAAUGUGUUUGUCAGAAAUAUCAAAAAUCAUUAAGAUAUCGUCAGAAGAAAGUUUUUAUUUUCACUGUGGGAUCAGAAUCAGUAUCGAGUCUGUUCCUUGGUAUCGAAAUAGAGUUUAAACCAGAUCCAGGUCUAAACCAGGACUAAACCAGGACUAAACCAGGACUAAACCAGGUUUAAACCAGGUCUAAACUAGAUUUAAGCCAGGACUGAACCAGGACUAAACCAGGUAUAAAAUAAAUCUAAACUAGGUUUAAACCAGGUCUAAACCAGGACUAAACUAGGCCUAAACCAGGUCUAAACCAGGUCUAAACCAGGACUAAACCAGGUCUAAACCAGGACUAAACCGGGUCUAAACAGAACUAAACUAGGCCUAAACCAGGUCUAAACCAGGAUUAAGCCAGGUCUAAACUAGGUCUAAACUAGGUCUAAACUAGGACUAAACCAGGUCUAAACCAGGUCUAAACCAGGUCUAAACCAGGUCUAAACUCAAUCUAAACCAGGUCUGAACCAGGUCUAAAACAGGUCUAAACUAAAUCUAAACUAGGUCUAAAACAGGUCUAAACUAGAUUUAAGCCAGGACUGAACCAGGACUAAACCGGGUCUAAACCAGAACUAAACUAGGCCUAAACCAGGACUAAACCAGGAUUAAACCAGGUCUAAAACAGGACUGAACCAGGUCUAAACUAAAUCUAAGACAGGUCUAAACCAGAUCUAAACCAGGUCUAAAUUUAAACUGUGAUUAAACCAGAUCCAAACCAGUAUCGAGUUUGUUCCUUGAUACUGAAAUAGAGUUUGAGAUUUUACUUUGGUGACGACACUUGUGUAAAACCAAAACCAUGAAACGAGUCGUGAACUCAAGAUUCCUCAGAUCUUCAUGUUUAUUCUUCUUCGUUCAUGUUUAUUGUUCUCAGUUCAUGUUUAUUCUUCUUCGUUCAGUCUUUAACUCCUGUUGGUGCAGAUGUUUUUUUGGUUUUUUUUUGCGGUGUAAGAAGACGUGGUCAUGUCGUAGCUUUUUUCAUAAAGUUUUAUUAUUAAAUUGACUCAAAUAAAAUGUAUGGUUCAUGUCUUAGAAUUCAA